GAGAAAGUAAAAUAAGUCGUAUAUCUGGGAAGUAGCUCCUCCAUUAUUCGGCCUCUCGUGUAGGUUUCGGCUGCAAAUCAUGCUGUUUCCCAUCAACUAACCAAUUAAGAGAAGAAAGAAAAAAACCCUGCGCCACUUCGGGACCAUUUAAGGAAAGGUUAAGUUAACUCACCUGAGGUCACGAGGCGAGAGGAAAAUGUCCCGCGGCUCGAGUCCAGGUUUCGACCGACACAUCACCAUAUUCUCCCCGGACGGCCGCCUCUACCAAGUCGAAUACGCCUUCAAAGCCAUCUCGCAGAGUGGACUGACGUCUGUGGGGGUCCGGGGGACCGACAGCGCCGUGGUGGUCACACAAAAGAAAAUACAGGACAAGUUGCUGGACUCGUCCACCGUGACCAACAUGUUCAAACUGACCCCUCGCAUUGGCUGCGUGAUGACUGGGCACGCCGGGGACAGUCGCUCCCAGGUCCACCGGGCACGGGCUGAAGCCGGAGAAUGGAAAUAUAAGUUUGGUUACGACAUCAUGGCGGACAUGUUGUGUCGCCGGUUGGCCGAGAUCUCCCAGGUCUACACGCAGAACGCCGAGAUGAGGCCCCUCGGCUGCUGCAUGAUCAUGGUGGCCAUGGACCCCCAGAAGGGUCCCGUCCUGUUCAAGUGCGACCCGGCGGGCUACUACUGCGGCUUCAGAGCCACGGCGGUCGGGGCCAAACAGGCGGAGGCCAACAGCUACCUGGAGAAGAAGCUGAAGAAGAAGCCCGAGCUGACCCCCGACAGGGCCGUGCAGAUGGCGAUAACGUGUCUGUCCUCGGUCCUGUCCCUGGACUUCAAGGCCAGCGAGCUGGAGAUCGGCGUGGUCACCAAGGAGAAACCUAAGUUCAGGAUGCUGUCGGAGGCAGAGAUUGAAGCCCAUCUGAUCGCCAUCGCAGAAAGGGAGUAAAGGUGCCGUCACAAACCUCUGACCCAGAUUCAUCCGAGCCUUUCAUUGCUUCAUAGAGGACAUUUAAGCAGCAACGUUCUAAAAGUGGAUCAUUAAUCAUGCACACCUGGAGAAGAAACUCUGAUUUUUAAUAAAAAUACAUGUUUGAUUUCUAUUCAGUCGACGCUCAUUCCAAUUAGGCCUUUAUUAAACCCUAAUAUACAGAAAUAAUAAAUCAAUGUUUCAAUUUUAACACAAGCAACAAAUUCUACCCCAAAAUACUCUAGUUUGUAUCGUUUGAAAUACGAAGAAUUGCGGAUCCGAGUUUUUUGUAAGACUUUACCUGCUGUUAUAUGUACAGAAUAUUUGUCAUACAGCUUAUUUACUGUUCGUUUUCUCACAGCAGCCUUGGUGUCUCCACACUUGCAAUAAAAACAUCCAU